UAUAAAAGCUCAUCCAAGCUCCUCUGUUUUUACUCUACACAAACUUCUGUUCUUCAUAUAGACUCUAAACUAUUAAGUAUUCCUUACUAAAAACCUUUAUCUGGUCUCAGUUUUUGGGCGUUGAUCACUCAAAAUCAUCAAAUUUGUAACUUCUGAACUGUUUAGGAUCUUGUUACUAGAAAAAAGAUCCAUUUUCUUAACAUUUGACCAAUCAUACAGUGACAUUUUGUGGAAUUCUUUUUGCCUUCUGGGCAUUUUAAUUCCACUGGACUUUCCUUUCAAUUCAAAUUUCAAGGAUUUUUUGGUGGGGGAAGGGGAGCUUUUUGGAGGUUUGAAUUUUUUUCCCCGGAAGAUGAUUUUGUUGUCUCAAGGGUGCAUUUUAUGUAAAUUGAUUCCAAUUCUUGAGACAAAAUUCAGUGUAGCCAAAAGUUUUUAUUUUUGGAUAUUUCAAAUUUUCAAUAGGUACAAUUGGGGCACUUAGCUGUUUUUCAUAUAUUGGUUUUAACUUCUGUUGAACUUUCUGCCUGAUCUAUUGUUUCUAGUUUUGGAGAUUUUGUUCAGUAGGAUUUUGGAACAUUUACUUUCAUGGGAGAAAUAUCACUACCUCCAGGAUUUCGUUUCCAUCCAACUGAUCAGGAAUUAGUUGGAUAUUACCUGAAAAGGAAGACUGAUGAACUUGAAAUUGAGUUGGAAGUCAUACCAAUAAUAGACUUGUACAAAUUUGACCCAUGGGAGCUUCCAGAAAAAUCUUUCUUGCCUAAGCGUGACAUGGAGUGGUACUUUUUCUGCCUUCGGGACAAGAAAUACCCGAAUGGCUUGCGAACCAAUCGAGCCACUAAAUCUGGAUACUGGAAAGCAACAGGGAAAGACAGGAAAGUUGUCUGUAAGCCUACAGUUGUUGGAUACAGAAAGACUCUAGUUUUCUAUCGCGGAAGAGCUCCUCUCGGGAAUAGAACUGAUUGGUUGAUGCAUGAAUAUCGUCUCUGUGGUGAUGCUUCACAAGGCACUCCUAGUUUCCAGGGGCCUUUUGCUCUUUGUCGUGUCAUCAAGAGAAAGGAAAAUUCAUCAAAGACAAGUGACGUUCAUGGAGGAACAACCUUUAAACAGGUUGAAUGCAAUUCGAGCAAUGAAGCUUUUACCUCAGCAGAAACCUCAAAUGAACCUCUUCUCCUUUCUGAUGAUAUGCCAACUCAAGCUACAUACAUGUCCAGUGACAGCAACUAUUCAACUCCUAUUAAUUCUCCUUACCAGACAACACAAGUACGGGAGUAUGACUCUGCAAUGGCAACUGAUGCUGCAAAUAUAUGGAUGUCACAGAAUAGGAUUCUUGAUCCUUCAAAGGAAUGUCCUCAAGGAAGAAGUAUAUCUGGAAACUAUCUGCAUGAGUUCUCAAACUCGACUUUAUGGCAGCCAAGUGAUCAGUAUGACUUCACAUCAAGUUCAUCUUUCCCCAAUUUUAGAGAGGAAGUUGAACUUUCUGGUGAUCUUAGUGGAUAUGGCUAUGUAUCUCCCUUCUCAGUCCAUGGAAACUACAUGGAUCUCUAUGGCAGUGAGGAUAUUUCUUUUAAAGGUUAUAACCAGAACAACUUAUUGGACAAUCAAAAUCUCUUCUGAUGAACAUUGAGGUGAAAUAGGUCUAACAUUAGCUCUAACAUGCAACAGAAUAGUGAAAACGGGAUUUUGGGAAAUCUUAAUGGUGUAUGGUCACAGGAAGAUAAUUUAAGUAGUCUGAUGUGAGAAUCUAGUAAGAAGAGCUCAAUGCAUCUCAGUAUGCUACUGAAAUAAUCUAAAGUUGUUUUCUGAGACAA